AUGGCAUCGAAAGAAACCUUUACUGUGGGGUGGAUCUGUGCCAUCCAACCAGUAUACGAGGCAGCUUGUGCGAUGCUAGAUGAAGACCUUGCAGGUCCAGAAUUAGCAGAACACAAUGACAGCAACACAUAUUUCUUUGGCAGAAUCGGCAAACAUUGCAUAGUGAUUGGCUGCCUCCCGUCCGGCCAUAGAGGUACAACUCCGGCCACUCGUCUUGCCAAAGAUAUGAUGCGAUCUUUUCCCCAGCUAAGAUUCCUGUUGAUGGUGGGCACGGCAGGGGGUGUACCAACAACGACGCGGGACAUCCGCCUCGGUGACGUUGUCGUCAGCCAGCCAAACAAAGUCUCUGGAGGCGUCUUUCAGCAUGAUUUGGGACACCAAUAUAACAGUUUUUGGCACACCGGACACCUGAAUGCUCCGCCGCCAGUGUUACUCAACGCACUGCCCGAAGUAAAGCGAAGGCACAACAAUCCGGCUAAAUAUGGAGGAAUUGACCAACAUUUGCAGCUUCUGAGCGAAGACGCACGAUUCCAGCGGCCAGAAAACGAUUAUUUAUUCAAAAAAGAUGUUGAUCAUAACAUCUUCGGUUACAAGGAUUGCUCAAAGUGCGACAUGAACGGCCUCGUUACGCGUCAGCUACGAAACUUGAAGAGAGCUGCCAACGUUUUUUACGGCACUGUGGCAUCCGGAAGCACGAUUAUGAAAGAAGCUAAGGAAAGAGAUUGCAUCAAUGAUGAUGAAGAAAAUAGGGGCGUGCUCUGUUAUGAAAUGGAGUCUGCAGGCCUCAUGAACGACUUUCCAUGUAUCGCGAUACGAGGGAUAAGCAACUAUGCAGACUCUCACAAGAAUGACGAAUGGGAUUACUACGCAAGUGCAACUGCGGCGGCUUAUGCCAAAGAGCUCCUCUUGGUAGUGAAGCCCAUGAAGGCGAAGCCUCUUUUAACGGAUACCACGAGUAAGAGCCUAUUCUAA